AUUUGACUAACAAAACUGUUAAAUAUUUGAGAAAUUUUACAUAGAAUAUGAUCUUAGUCCGUUGGAGUAAUAUUAUAGGUAUUAUCAUACGUAUUAUAAAGAUAAUUAUUAUCUAUAUUUACUGUCAUAACCAUCAUUACCAUUAGUGAAAAACCAAAAGUUUUAACUUCAAAAUUUAACCAGUUAAUACCGUUAAAGUUAAUUCAAGAUACGUUAUGGUUUAUUAUAAGUACUUAGAUUAUAAAACUUUUGACCUUUUUUCUCGCAUUUUUUUUAAAUUUUUUGUUUGACUAGCACUUUAAUUGAAUUCCAUUGAGGUUCUCAAAUUCAUUGAGGUAAUUCAAUAUAUUACAUCACUGAAUAUUUUACUGAUUAUUUUAAAUCUUUAAAAAUGUAGAUUGCCUAAUAUGUUCUCUGUGUAUUUAUCAAUUGUGUUUAUAAAAUACAAUUUUAAUUAAUUUAUUAUAGCCAUAUGACAAAUUCGUUUUACUUUUUAUUUUGGAUCAUGUAUUUAGCUUUUGUUGUGUACACUUUUUGUUAAAACUAACAAAGCGAUUAAUUGUCUGAGUUGUUACUCGUAUUUUGACGUUCCCCUUAUGUGUUUUAUCGGUACUGGAUCUGAAUGUUCCCUCCCUUGGGCUGAGACAUUUCCGUACUGAAUCUAUGUAACAUAUAAUUUGAUUUAUAAUGUAUUAUUUUAUUAUUUUAUAUUUGUAUAUUAUAUAAUAUAAUUAUUUUUAAUUAGACACUUGGGUUUAUAGUUACAUAAAUGAAAAUAGGUACCUAAGUAUUUUGUUUUUAUCCAAAGUAAAAGUAAUAAUUUUUAUUUGUUAUAGUAAAUUUUAUAUUUUUGUAACCCGAUUUUGAAUUAUAUUUAUAUAUUUUUAAUAUUAAUAAUGAUACAUAAAAACAACGAUUGUAUAUUUAUUUAUUAAAAAGUCAUGUAUUUAUUUCUAUUUGUAUACUAAUAAUUUUUUGACAGGUGGGGGUCCCAGUCGGAGAAAGUGUACUAGAUUCAUAGAUUAAUAGAUGAUUCGUCAGACGUUUUUUUUUUAUAUAUUUUGAUAUUUUUUCAUUAUUCAAAAGCCAGAGUUAAACCCUAAUUUUAACCAAUAUAAUCUCAUGAAAGAUCAAUUUUCUAAUUUAAAAUUAUGUAGUGUAAAGAUGUAAGUUUUUUAAUGUUUAAUUUGUUGAUGAACUUUAAUGUACAUGUUAUUACUUGCCUAACAAAUAGUAUACAUGAUAGUUAAUUAUAAUUCAUUAUGAUUCCAAUUUCCAAAUGUCCAUUUACCUGGGAUACUUAUUUCACACUAGACUCAUAAGUUGUUACUUGUUAUUUUAAAUUAUUUUCAAUGGUUUCUUAUUAAUGUUAAAGUAAUACCUAUAAAUACCUAAUUAUACCUAUUUUGUUAUUUUUAUUACAGAUGGAAGAACAUAGAAAAAAAAAAAAAAAACUCGAAUUACAAUUAAGAGCUAAGAGUCCAAUAAUUAUGUCAAAUAAAUAUAAAAUGACUUCACUUAAUAGUAAUUCAAAAUCUGUACUAAACAUGAAUAGUAUAGACGAAAAUUCAAAAGUAAUUAUUAAAUAUUACACUUUUUGUAAUUAUAAUAAAAUGCGUGUUUAGGAAUUAGCAAAACUUAUUUUAUAUUGUGGACUGUAUAAUAGCUAUUUAAUAAGUUUAGAAAAAAAUAUAGUGUACAAGCCUAAAUUAACGGAUAGGGGGAACACAACCUCUUAAUCCAUUAUGUUAUUUACUUAUAAAAAAUGAGAUAUUAUUCAUCAUAUGGCUAGCACACAGAUUGUAUAGAAAAAACUUUAAUAUCUAGUAAGAGAAAACAAUUGAGAAACGUGCAUUAGCAGGUUUGUAUUAAGAAUGUUGAGUGCAAACAUCUAAUGACACUGCAAAAAUAGUAAAUGGGUUGGGUAAGAUGCAGACAAUAUGGUUUCUAAUUUAGUUUAUAUACUAAAAGUAAUGGCAAAUCAUUGUAAACAAAAUAAAAUAUUAGUCAAAUUUUAUGUAUUAUACAAUUUUUUCAUUGGUCAUAAAUGUGAUUUUAUACUAAUUUGUUCUAUAACAAAAGAAUAUUAAUGUUGUUUCAAAUUAAAUUUUAUUAAUAUAUAUUUUUUUAGGAUAAUGAAAUAUUUAGAGAAAAUUUAUCCUGUUUAAUGUACUGAAAUUUUAUUUUUAUGUUCAAACAAUUAUAUCAUAUUAAAAUAAAUAUUUUUUAGAAAAGCCAAGAAAAUAAAGAAUGGGCAGUAGACACUUCAAUUAUUCAACUACCAAAAACUCUAAAACAUUUGAAUUUAUGUAGUAACUUACAAUCAACACCUAAUGCUAGAAAUUACAAAUCGGAAGUAGAUUCAAGAAUAAUUAUGAAGUAAGAUUGUUUUGUUUUAAUUAAAUAAAUCACCUGUUCUUUAAUUGUUAUUAAAUUUAACUUAAUGCAGAUUAGUCAAGCUUUAAAGUUAGUUUCUAAGAAGUUUAUUUUUAUUGUUUUUAUUAAGAAUAUACCUAUGAUCUGUAAAAGAAGCAUAAUAAGUAUAUGUGAGGAAAGGUAAUUAAAAAAACAUUAGUGUUACGUGAAUUAAGGCGCCACCCAUUAAAUACAAUUGACAGGAUUUUUAUUAUGAGAGGAUAAAGUUAAAAAAGUUCUACAACAUUUUUUUUUUUUUUGUCUGCAACAGAUUCCCUGGAAGUAGUGGAAUAUGUAAGCCUUUCAUUAGUUCUUUUUCAUGUGUUUUAAUCUAGUAUCAAAACGUUUAUAGAAAAUGGUUGCUUCUUUUAUUAUUUUAAUUUCAAGGUCUUUUUGAAGGGUCUGGUUAGAAAUAAAGUGUAGAGAAUUUGUAAUUUUGUGAAGUGUGAUGUUUUGAUAUAUUUGUAUUUUAUUUAAAUUUGAUCUUUAAGUCAAUCCCCAUUACUAAAUCACUUGUGUCCAUAUAGACUUUUAGAGAAAUUUAUAUAUUAAUAGUUUAUUUUUUAAUGUAGUCUAUUUUUUUUUUUUUUUUUUUUUUUUUUGAGAUAGUAAUAUUUCUAUCUAUCUAAAACUAACAUUGAGUAUUAAUAUAUUAAUUAACAUUAAGAAAAGUAUUUCUCAUUAUGUCUUUGCAUAGUUAAUCUUUUAUCAAGGUUUAAACCUAUGUAUUUAACUGUGUUGUGAGAAGAGAUAUAUAGAUUAUUAAUGGUAAUAUUGACACAAAGUUCAUGUCUUAAACUAAAUGCUGUUUGCACAGAUUUAUUGUGGUUUAAUUUAAUUUGUCAAUUUGCGACCAUUCAGACAGUACAUUUUAAUGAUAUUGUAAAUUUGAUGACACAAUUAAAGAAUCCUAGUGAAUAGAUAAAUGACUGUCAUCAGUAUAGUCUGUCACUAUGACUAAGUAUUUCAAGUAGAGAGUUGAUCAGAAACACUACUUAAUAGUAUAGAAUUGUCAGCAUUUAUCAAUGGAGGAGAAAGGGUUUUAUAUUUUAGCAAUUGCUAAGUUUCUCCAUAGACUAUAUUAUAUGGUGGAAUGAAUAUGUUUGGGUAAAAAACAUUUAGAAACUUCAAUUGCAGCUGUAAAUGAUUAUGAUGUAAAACAGUGGUUUUCAUAAAAAAUAUUUUAUGUAUUACUUAUAACAGAGAUGGCAAAUAUAUGGAAUUUGAACAAAUCUUGAGAGCACACGAAAAAUUUAAAUAUUUAAUUAUAUUUUUAUUUUUAACAAUUAAUAACAACUUCACAAUUUAACAUUUUUUUUUUAUUAUUAUAAUAUAUAUAUUUUAUGGGCAAAACCGUAGCUACCUGUAUUGUAAGAUUUAUUUAAUAUAUUUAUUUAUUAGAUUUAACUAUUUAUAUAUUUAUAAAAUAAAUGUAUGAUGAUUACAAAUUUACCCGAAUGAACUUGGCCAUAACUUCAUGAACACCAUGAAUAAGGUUUGUCCAGGUAAAACCCGAAAUAUGAUGUUUUUCCCAAGUAUCGAGGACACUUCCCGUUUUGUCCAUAACAUAUACGUAUAACAUUUUUUAUAAUAUAAUGGCACACUUAAAAAAACAAAAAGGUUAUUUUUAACACGUAACAUCAAAAUAAUUUGCCACUUUUCUUAUAAUAAUAGUAAUUGUUUGUUAGCCUCAGUCCAAUCACACCUACAACAUCUCUACAAACGAAUUCAAAUACGCAUCAAAAUAUUUUUCGACAGAAAUUAUUUGCAAAUGAAAAUAUUUUAUUGGUAAAAAUUUAUUCAAAUAUUUUUAAAUAUUAAAAAGCAUUAGGAAUUAAAAAACUAAUGAUAAUUUGUAUUUGUUUUCCAAUCAGGAUGAAUUAAAUACAAACCAAAGUUCUCUAAGUACUCAUAAUGAAGAUAAAUUCUUAAAAAAAUUGAAAACUAAUAAUGAAACUGUAAAAAAUCUUACUUAUAAAAAUAAAAUGAUUCAUUCAUCAAUUGAUAGCAAAACUAAUGAAGAUAAUAAUGUGGCUGAAAAUACAAAAAGAUGUUUAUUUGAAAAAGAAAAGACUAACAGUACAUUUAAUUUAGAUACAGAUCAAGAUUCACUCAAUAUUUCUUUAGAUAUCUUGGAACAAGUUUGUCAAAUGUCAGAAAUUAUAGAUGGUUCAACUGAAGAAAUUCAAGUUGAGAACAAUACUGAUAAAAAGAAAAAUAAAUUAUCAUUUUUUCUUUAUGGGAAUAAUUCCACAAUACUUGAAGAAACAGAAGAGGAAAAUGAAUUAUUACAAUUUGCUUUAAGUAUGGAAGAUAAUAUAUUGACUGAAACUAAACCAAAAAAUAAUAUAUGUUCUGAUGGAGGAUUUACAUCUUUAACUCAACUAAAAAAUAUGGAAUACAAUCUAUUCAAAACUGAUAGUAAAAGACCCAAAAAUAAUAUCAAUAAUGCUGAUCAUACAUUUCUAGGUCCUGUAGAAAUUAAUGAUAUUGGUAAUACACAAAUGUGUGAAAUAGCUGACAUUACAGAAACACUAGAGCAGUCAUUUGAUGAUCAAUGGACACAACAAUAUACAACAGAUGAAUCUAAUAUAAAUCAAAAAAAAAUGUUGAAUGGUUCUUUUCCUAAUUCUAGUCAAAUAACAUUCAUAACCGAUCAAAUAUUAAAAUUAUCAAAAAAUAAUAUUAAUCACGAGGUUGAUAAAUUUAAUGAUAUGCCUGAAAAAAUAAUAACUGAAGUACAUCCCAAGUUAAAUGGUGAACCAAAUAAAUCCAUGACCAUUAAAGAUAAACCUAUAACCAAUCCUAAUAAGUGCCAAGGUUUUUCAACAGCUGGAGGUAAAUCUAUUAAAAUAUCAGAUCAAGCAUUAAAAAAAGUUCACUCAGUGUUGAAUGAUGAACUAAAUGAAUCACCAACCAUUAUUAAAGAUAAACAUAUGAUUAGUUCUAAUAUAUGCCUAGGUUUUUCAACAGCUGGAGGUAAAUCUAUUAAAAUAUCAGAUCAAGCAUUGAAAAAAGUCCACUUAGUGUUGAGAGAUGAACUAAAUGAAUCACCAACCAUUAUUAAAGAUAAACCUAUAACCAAUCCUAAUAUGUGCCAAGGUUUUUCAACAGCUGGAGGUAAAUCUAUUAAAAUAUCAGAUCAAGCAUUAAAAAAAAGUCAUUCGGUGUUGAAUGAUGAACUAAAUGAAUCACCAACCAUUAUUAAAGAUAAACCUAUAACCAAUCCGAAUAUGUGCCAAGGUUUUUCAACAGCUGGAGGUAAAUCUAUUAAAAUAUCAGAUCAAGCAUUAAAAAAAAGUCACUCAGUGUUGAAUGAUGAACCAAAUGAAUCACCAACCAUUAUUAAAGAUAAACCUAUAACCAAUCCGAAUAUAUGCCAAGGUUUUUCAACAGCUGGAGGUAAAUCUAUUAAAAUAUCAGAUCAAGCAUUGAAAAAAGUUCACUCAGUGUUGAGAGAUGAACUAAAUGACUCAUCAACUCUGGAUAAAACUAUCAACAAUUCCAGUAUUUCUCAAAAUAUUUCAAUUGCUAAAGAUAAAUCUAUUAAUAUAUCAGACAAAGCUUUUCAAAAAUGUCAAUCACAAUCGGGGUCAAAUAAAGAUAUUAAUGUAUUAAAAUUGUUGGAUAAUUCACCAGAAUCUAUGGCGGCUGUUUCUACUGAUAAUUGUAGUUACUUAGAAAAGAUUUUAAAAAACUCAAUUGUUGAAAACAAAAAAAAAGAUAAUUACUUUGAAAAUUCAAAAAAUGAAGACUGUACUCUUGAAGAUUUGUCUUUAGUUGAUAUGGUUGACAAGUUUGAAAGAGAACAAAGUGUUUGUGAGUCAGUGUUGAGUAAUAAACGUCCUGGAAGUCCAAUAUUUGAACUUCAUCAUAAAAUUAAAAAAAAUAUAUUAUAUGAUAAUGGAUGGGAAAUUGGUGUACUAAAAUUGUCAUUUGAUGAAUAUUUGAUGAAAAAAUUAAGGGGACCAAAAGUAUCUUUACCAGAAGCUAUAAAUUGGAUUCUACCUAAAGUAUGUACCUAAUACAAAACAGGUGAUUUUUUUCUUCAAAUAUAUAUUUUAGGCAUAAUAUUAAAUUACCCUAAUCUCUGUAUUUAAUUUUUGUUAUCUUUGUUUUUAGCAUGCAUGCCAUAGCAAAAUUUGUUUAGACUCUGAGUGGAGUAAAGAACCUUAUGGUUUUACAAAGAUGUUAAUUUUUUUUUCCUGUGGACAACUUUUCUAACAGCAGUUUUGCUUUAACUGUGCAAUUUUUUUAAAAGUUAAUUUCUCUGGGGAGGUACUUUAAAGAGGUCAUUUUUUAAUUUUCUCCAGUUUUCUUGGAAAAUGUGAAAACUAGGAAAAAACAUAGGAAAACCUGGUAAAUUGGUACAACAUUAAAUAGAUAUUGUUAAAGAAAAUAUAUAGAGGCCGUUUAAUUAUUUUACUAUAAAAUUUCAUAUAUAUUGUUGACAAAGCAUGACUAUUAACUGAACUCCGCUCAGAAUGGUUUAUCGCUGCUUACGGGUAUACAUUAAAUUAAGAGUAGCUGCACCUGUCAUUAUUCAAUUACUUCUUUUUUGUAUUACACAUAUUAAUAAUAGGUUACAUUAGAUAAAAUACUUAAUGUCAAUAUUGACGAUUAUUAAAUACAUUUAUAUUGAUUAAUAUAGUAAUGUGGAAUAAUUGGAACGGGAAGUGCUUCUAAAAAUAUACUUUAAUCAUUCAUUUUACUACCAAUAUAUAAAGUCUUGUAUCUGCCUUAAUAAUUACAUCUUAAAUGGAUCUACUAAAGGUUGGUCUACUAAUGAAUCUAUUAUUAAAAAAAAAAUUAUAUACUAUUUUAUAAACAAGAACUUCCUCUAUCAAUGUAUUUAUCAUUUAUUGUAGUCUAAUGUAAACUAAGAACUCAUAGUAUAUUGACAUACAUUUUGCUAAGAUAUUCGUGUGUAAAACAAAGACAACCAAAAUGGUAAAGACUAAAGAGUAAAUCAUAUGACAACAUAGUAUAGUGAAUGGAUAUAAUAUAGAAUAUACAUGAAAAUAUUUUCUUAAAAACAAUAUUAUUAACUUUUAAACUUUUUUUUUUUCUAGCAUUCAUUCCCUGAGAAUGAUUUGAAGGAGGAAUUAAAUAAAUUGAAUUAUGAUGAUAAUUUUUUAAAUUUUAUGUUACACUGGGAAAAGUAUAUUUAUUAAUGUUCUUAAUUUUGUACUUAUUAAAUGCUAACAUAAAUACUAAAUGCAAUGUAUUUUUCAGGAAUUUUAAACUUUCUGAUGGCAGUAUAAACAAAAAGUAUAGUUUUAGAGAUAUUAAAAACCUUUUCUUAUCACACGAUUUUGUUGACAACAAAAUCAUUCCAAAAAGAUGGAUUGAAAAUCAUUUUCGUUUAAUUAUAUGGAAAUUGAGUGCUACAGAGAUUAGUUUCCCUGAUCACUUUAGAAACACGUAAAUAUAUUUAACUCGAAUAAAUAAAAUAUAAAAAAUAUACAUAUCAGGGUAUUAUAAUAAAAUUAACUGGUUUUAUUUUUUAAUUAUGUUUACCUUAUUACUUUAUUAUUAAGUUCCCUAAAUAUAAGACAAUUUUUGUCCAAUUAUAACAAUGCUCUAAAAGUUUGUUUUAGUAAUUUUUGUAUUAAUCAAACAUUUUUUUAUUGUUUUAGUAUUCUUUAUUUUAAUUCCAUAAAUGAUUGUUUACAUAAUAAUUAUUUUUGAUUAUUCAUGUAGAAAUUUUUUUUAAAACUAAUAUUAACUAAAUAUAUUCCUAUGAGUAUUAUUUUUAAUUUGAUACUUUAAAAUGGUUUUGGUAUUUAUAGAUUAUUGACUGCAAAGAAUGUAAUACAUCAACUAUUAUAUAGAUAUUAUAGAGAAAUUGAAAAAUGUCAAAGAUCUGCAUUAAAAAAGAUACUUGAAAAAGAUGAAACAGCAUCAAAACGGAUAAUUGUAUGCGUUUCAAAAAUUAUCAAAGCAAGUAUUUAAUUGUAUAUCACUGGCUACCCAGCAAACUCUUGUAAGUUGAACUGUUGAACUUUUUUUUUCAGUAAUUUUUUAAAUCUUCCAGUUGUACGUAUCUCCUAUAAAAUUUGCUAAAAUCAACUUACGAGGUUUUGAUGGAUAGCUAACGUUUUACAAUGUUUGUAAUAUUCAUAUUGUGCUACUUAUACUAGUGUUAACAAAUUAUUCAAAUUAUAGUUAAAAACUAUUUUAACUAAUUUUUUAUAUUUUAAUGUCUACUUAAACACACAUUACUGUUGAAUUAUAUCUACUAUUUUGUAUUUUUAUAUGCAAUUUCAAACCGUAUAUUACGUUAAUUAUUGGUUUAUACUCAGUGCCAAGAGGGAACGCAUAUGGCUCACGCAUCCAAACGACAACCAAAGUGCUCCAACAGCGCCAUAGUGUUUCGUAGUGAGAGUCAGUUGAUCAUGUUUCGUAAUGGGCAUGCACAAAAAUAUACGAGUUUUGUUCUACCGCUGUAUACAUUCUCUCAUUGCACGGAGUAUAAACUAAAAGUAUAUACAGCAAAUUCCACUUAAUGUUGGCAGUGACGUAAUAUAAGCAUAAUGAUCUGGUCUCGAUUCUAAUGUAUAACGAUACUCAUUUCGGUUGAAAUGGGCAAGCAUAACUGGAUUCCACAUUAAAGGGUAUCCAUUGUAUUUAUAUUAUUUAAUUGUAUUCACAGAAAAUAAACUUAAAAUGUUAGUUUAGGCAGGUAGUAAAAAGCACAUCAAAUUAUGUUUUAAUAACUAAACAUAAAACAUGUAUAUAUCUAAUACUCAAAUUUAAUGAACAUUUAAUGAAGAUUUUUUUAUAAAUAUUUUAGACAAAUUUAUCAGAAACAUAUGAUAUUGAACUUACUGAUGGGUGGUAUAGUGUUCAUGGAUUGAUUGAUUAUGAAAUGAAUACGCUUUUACAUAAAGGAAUAGUAAAAGUUGGUACUAAACUAAUUAUACAUAAUGCAGAACUUAUUGGUGCUGGAGAAGGAAUCGAUCCAUUAGAAGUAAAUUUUUUAAAAUUAAACAUUAUUCAUACAAUUUUGAAUUAAAGCAUUUCAUGCUGGGGAAAAAAAUGCAAAAUAUUUUAAAGAUAAUAUUGCAAAUAUUUUUAUUAUUAUUAGUUCUAAUUUAUUUUUAGUUACAAUAUACAUGUAUAUUGAUAUUAUAUUUUUAUUUUUUUUUGUAUGUGUAAGGUUCAUGAUGGUAUUAAGCUCAAGUUUUCUACAAAUAGUACAAGAAGAGUACGCUGGCAUACUAAAUUGGGCUUUUAUAAAAAUUCUUUAUUACCUAUAACUGUUAGUUUAGAAUCAGUUCUACCACGAGGAGGAAUAAUAGGAUCCCUUUCACUUGUGAUACUAAGAAAAUAUCCUAUAAUGUAUCUUGAAAAAAAAAAAAAUUCAAAAUCUAGUAUGUAUAAUGUUUAUGUUAAUAUUAUUCAUGUAUAGUAUAUAUAACGGUGGUCCUUAUUUUUUCAAUUUCAAAUUUUCCUUCGGGAAAUCUGCUUAUCAUGUGCUGUAUAAUAAUAAAAAAAAAAAAAUGGCCUGAAACUUAGAGGACCAUCCUAGUAUAUAUAUAUUUAUAUUACCAAUGUCGUAAAUUUAGGAAAUCAAUUUGCAUAAUUAAGACCUAGGUUAUUAUAUUUCUAGGCUUAUUAAUGCCUAGGUAAGUUAGUGUAUAAUGAACAUAUAUGUUAGAAUUUGACAUGAUAAAAGUAUUAGUCAUUAUAACAUGUCUAAUUAUCAUACAGUCAUUAUUUAUUAUUUAUCUGUUAUAAAUUUGCUCAUUACAAUUUCGUUCAAAAGUUGAGAUACUGUUUUUUAUCUAAUGUCCAUUUUUCUCACAAAAAAAAAAAAAAAAAUAUAAUCUAAACCAGUGUUUCCUAAACUGUGGUCCGCAGAUCCUUAGAGACAUGUAUACCAUAAACGUAAAUUGAAAAUACUAUAUAGUAUAUAUAAAAAUUAAAAUACUGAUGUAUAAAAGGGUUUAAGGGAGCUGGAGGUCCGCGAUCGCUUUUACUAUCUGUAAGGGGCUCGACGAAGAAAAAGUUUAGAGAAUGCUGAUCUAGGCAAGAUAAGAAAUUGCCACCUUUCUAAUUUGUGUACUUUGUAUAUAAUUUGUAUACUACCUUUUCUGACCAAGAAUAUUUUCCUGAACAUUUUUAUAUCUAAACUCAAACACAAAACUUAAUAUUAAUGAAACAUAAUUUAUUUGCUAAUGAUACAGAAAUUUACUAAUUUCAAAAACCAAUUUGAAAUUAUUUUGUAAUCAUUUAUCAGCACGUAUUUGGAUUUGAACCUUAAGUGUGGGCGAGGUAUCUGAACUUGGUCCAUCUAAAUUAAAAUUAAGUAUAUAAAAUAGGGAAAUGAUUUCAUUGAUAAAUAAUGCCAAUGAUUGGCUGUCAUUCUUAAAAAUUAUUGAUUUUUAUUAAAUAUUUUAUAUCAUUGUCUUAGUUAUUUUCUAAAAUUGUUUAUCAGUAAUGUAUGUAUACCUAUGAAAAAUGGUCUUACCCAAUAUAGACUAGCCAUUUUAAAUAAUGCCUUAAUACCAUUAAACAUCAUUAAUUUUAACAUUUAUAUAUAUUUAUAAAUUUACUAUUUUAGUUAUAAGAAAUGAAAAAAUGGAAACUAUUGAAGCAGAAAAAUAUAAAGCAUACCAACAAAAAUCAUUAGAAAUUAUUUCAAACAAAAUAGAAACUGAGAUGAUUGUUGAAAUGGAAACAACUAAAAAAUCUAAACAAUAUCUUUUAAGUUUUAAAAAAGACAAUUUAGAUAAAUUAAGCAUAGAAGAAUUAAGCAAUAUUAUAGAUAAUUCUCCAGAUCCUUUAGACAUUCAAGUAGUUUAUUUUUUAACUUAUUAACUUUAUUAUUAUUUGAGAAGAUAUAAAAUAUAAAUGCAUAAAACAAUUGUUUUUUUUUUUUAGUUAUUACUUAAAGAAGAUAAAUUAAAAGCUCUUGAGAAUUUUAAAAAAUCUGAACAUGAAAGAUUCAAUUCUGAACUUCAAAAUAGAGUAAAUAAAAUGUUCAUUGAUCAAUUUAAAGAUGCUCGUAAAGUUAUACCUUUAUUUAAGGUAAUUCAAAUUAUUUUAUUUUAACUAAGGUUUUAUUAAUUCAUUGUGGUUAGUUUAUAAUGUGUUUUAACUACUAAUGUAUUAUUACUGUAAAAAUGUAUCUAUAUAUAUUAUUGUCAUUUAAUGACAUUUUAAACAAUAUACAUUUAAUUUAGUUACGAGUUGUUGAUAAAAAAUAUGCUUCUACUGGUUGUAAAUCUGCUAUGCUUACAAUAUGGAACCCACUAGAGGAUGUCUCUGCAAUUUUAAACAAAUCUUGUGAAGGUCAAUUUUGUACAAUUAACUAUCUUACUACUAAUGGAUUUAUGUAAUACAAUUAUAAGUAAAUCUAUACUUUAUACAUUUAACAUGAAUUUACUUAAAGUACUUUGUUAUUUAGAAAUGAUGAAUUACAAAUAUCAACGACUAAAAAUACUCGUUUAGAUUUUAAAGGAUUUAUAAACGAUUAUGCAAAACGUGAAGUUGUACAAUGUUUUAAAAGUAUUUGGUCUGGUACAUUUGUACCUUUAUUUGGUGAACUGGAUUUUGUUGGCAUUGUAGUUUCAAGUGUUUAUAAAAUUAAUAAUAUUUAUAGUGAAAUUUAUGUAUCUGAUAAAGAAAUGAAUAUAGUCAAUAUACUGUUUAGAGGAAAUAUAAAGGUGAUUUACUAAAACGAAAAAUUAUAUCUUAAAUUUAAAUAAUAUUUUUUUUUUCUUUCUAGAAUUAUGGAUGUGAUGAUUUAAUUCAAAUAGGUAAUAUAAUAUCAGGAAUGAAUGUUCAAUUUAGAGGCUUCAAAAAAUCAUCUAAUGAAUUAACUAUGCCUAAAUUAUAUAACACUGAAUUGUCUUCAUUUACGACUAUUCCUAAGACUGAACUUCUUUUAGAUAUUUUUAAUGGUUAUAAAAUGUUUAUGAAUAAAUCUGAAGUAAGUAGUUUAAGAAUGAUUACUUAUUAGGGUUGGAACAAUAUUUCUUUUUAUAUUGAUAUCACAAUAUUUUAGUUUUUUAUAAACAAAUAUAAAAAACAGUAAUUCAGAUACUGAAUCAGAAUAGAGAAUACCAAAUAAGAAACAACAUUAACAACAUAAAUGUGAUAUUUCAACCCAAUAUCAAUGUGGGGGUCUGCAAUGCCUCUAUUAUUCAUUAUUAAAAACUUUAUGAUAUGCAUAUAUUUUGAAUUAUAGAUUAAUUAAUAUAAUGUACAUCACUAAAUAACUAUGUUAGCUUAGUCUUCAUGAAUAUUUAAAUUAUUCUUUAGAUUUAACCUUAAUUUAAUAAUAAAUAAUUUUCUAGUCAUCAAGUUUCUAUUUUCUGGUAGUGAAUAAGCUAUUUGUUUAAAAUGUUUGUAGUAAUAGCUAAUAAGAAGUUGUAAGUGCCUAAGAGCACUUAAGUAGUAUCAUCUUUUAAAUCUAAGUAUAAUAUGUUAUCUUUAAAAAUUUGUAUAGAAAAAUUCUCUAUUUGGUCAUUUGAUUUUGAAAACAUUUUUAUAUUUUAAUUCUAAAUAUUAAAUAUAAAAUAAAAAUAAAUUACUUAGACAUAAUCAUAAUCCUCACAUGAAUAAUAUUUAUUUUUUUUAACCAUUUUCCAACAGAAUCAAAAUUUUCUCAUUUGCUGUCAAAGUAGACUUAAUAAAAUUCAUAGUAAAAAUGUAGAAAAGCUGGUAACAAACAAUGACAGCACAAGAAAGCAAUGUUUAAAUACAUCAAAAAAUUCAUUUCAUAAGUCUUAUGGAGAAAUACCUGUAACUGUAGUAAAGACGUCUAAUACAUCUCAAUCAGAAUUUUCUCCAGUUCAAAAACGAAUUAAAAUGUUGAAUAGUUAUGGGAAGACACCACCAUUAAAUAUUGUUCACACAAAACCACCAGACAAAAUAUUAAUGAGUCAGUUUAAAACACCGACCAGAUUGUAGCUUUUCAGAAAAAUAGAUUAUCAUAAGUUUAUUAA